CCUAUUUGCAUAUCAGCAAUCAGCAUAUGUACCAAUGGUUAGGUGAGAUUAUGGCCAUGGGGUAGUUGGAUCAUGCAUAUAUGGAGAUGUCAUGGGGGCCUCACUAUGAGCCUAUGAAAAGUGUGAUUACAAAAUUCAAAAAGGCUGUAACAAUGGCGUGAAAUUCAAGGGCAGUAGUGCUACCAUAGGUCAAAAAAAUUUGCAGAGAUAAAAAAAUUGUAAAGAAUCAAGAAUAACUAUGAGCCCAUGAAAAGUAUGGUGGUAUAGUAUUAUGUGCUUUUAGCUUUGUUCGUCUAAAAUCACGUUUUUAUUGCUCUUUCGCUUUUCACUGAGGUGACUCAAAAAGUGGUUCUUUUCUCUCCUAUGUAAAAGAACUUUCGGUCUCUUUAUAGCAGAUUUGUUCAUCAUCUUCUUCGUCAGAAUUGUGAAGAGAAAGUAGAGAUAUGGAGCUCAAUUCAAGAAGAAAAGAAGAAGCAAUACAAUUCGAUUUAUGGAGCAUAAUGAUGUCCGAAAUGGCCAAAGACAAAGAGGCUGCACCCAAACCACUUCCACCUCUUAAGAGAUCAGUGAUCUCCAUGAACCACAAGAGUCUCCAACUAUGUACAGAAACUCUGGGAUCGGAGAGCGACCCACUUCCUGAUAUUUCACGUACUUGUAAUAUUGACCUAGAGCUAUCUGAGACUGGCUCUUACAGGUUCUCAUCGUACCCUCCUAUGGAGACUGUGAAACAACAACAAGAGCAAGAUGAGAAGGUGUGUGGAACUUUUGAGAAUAAGGAAGAAAGUAGAGACUGUAUAGUGAUGGGAAAGCAGUCCCAUAAUGCUUGUUCUAGUAAGAAAUUAUCGAAGCCUAGAUCAAGAUCGUUCCCACCACCUCUUCCUUCGCUUUCUCGCAUGGAGUUGGAGCCUCAUCGAGACAAUGGUCGAUUAGUACUCCAAGCUGUGUCCUUAUUACCUUCACAAAACCAGUUUCAAGCAAGGUAAUCCGGUGAGUCGGUGAUUUGUCCAAAUAAUCUUAUCUUAGGGUCUCCUUUGUUGUCACUUCACACACAGCUCACUUCCACGUGGAAUGUUGAAGAAUUGUAUGGCUCACAUGGCCCACCUUGACUUGUGCAGGCGUUGUUUAUAUGACAUGCGUGUAUUAGAGUUUCUUACCUUAAAACUUCGUGUUACUUGGUUAGACCUUUUUAUAUUGGUGCUCUGAUUAUGUAAUGUAUUAUAAGUUUGUCUAAAAAAUUAUAUAUAUUAUUUUUGUAUUUGUGUGUUCU